AGAGCGCUCGGACACCGGAGGCGGCGCGCGCGGCGCCAGGACCCGGGACGCGGACCCCCGGCGAAGGCGGCCUUGGGGACGCCGCGGCCGCGCGAGAGGCGAGGAGAGAACGUUGGGAUUAUCCUCUGAGCCUUCUGAAGACAGCGACUCAAUGCACCUGGGUCAGGCGGUCUGUGGGCAUGAAGUGGCUGGGCGAACCCAAGAACAUGGUGGUGAAUGGCAGGAGGAGUGGCGGCCAGCAGCAGAGCCCGCCCAGGUUGCAGCCCCCGGGCAAGGAGGCCACGAAGGCCGGCAGACACACGGCUGAGAGGAGGUCAAGCAGAUGUAAUGGUAAUUCGGGAUUUGAAGGGCAGAGCCGAUAUGUACCGUCUUCGGGAAUGUCUGCCAAGGAGCUCUGUGAGAAUGAUGACCUGGCGACCAGCUUGGUUCUUGAUCCCUAUUUAGGUUUUCAAACACACAAAAUGAAUACUAGCGCCUUUCCUUCGAGGAGCUCAAGGCAUUUUUCAAAAUCUGACAGUUUUCCUCACAACAACCCUGUGAGAUUUCGGCCUAUUAAGGGAAGGCAAGAGGAACUAAAGGAAGUCAUUGAACGUUUUAAGAAAGAUGAACACUUGGAGAAAGCCUUCAAAUGUUUGACUUCAGGCGAAUGGGCACGGCAUUAUUUUCUCAACAAGAACAAAAUGCAGGAGAAAUUAUUCAAGGAACAUGUAUUUAUUUACUUGCGAAUGUUUGCAACUGACAGUGGAUUUGAAAUACUACCUUGUAAUAGAUACUCAUCUGAACAAAAUGGAGCCAAAAUAGUUGCAACAAAAGAGUGGAAACGAAAUGACAAAAUAGAAUUACUGGUGGGUUGUAUUGCCGAACUUUCAGAAAUUGAGGAGAACAUGCUACUUAGACACGGAGAGAACGACUUCAGUGUCAUGUAUUCCACGAGGAAAAACUGUGCUCAGCUCUGGCUUGGCCCCGCCGCCUUUAUCAACCAUGAUUGCAGACCUAACUGCAAGUUUGUGUCAACCGGUCGAGAUACGGCGUGUGUGAAGGCCCUGAGAGACAUUGAGCCUGGAGAAGAGAUUUCUUGUUAUUAUGGAGACGGGUUUUUUGGAGAAAAUAAUGAGUUCUGCGAGUGUUACACUUGCGAAAGACGGGGAACCGGUGCUUUUAAAUCCAGAGUGGGACUGCCUGCACCUGCUCCUGUUAUCAAUAGCAAAUACGGACUCAGAGAGACAGAUAAACGCUUAAAUAGGCUUAAAAAGUUAGGUGACAGCAGCAAAAACUCAGACAGUCAAUCUGUCAGCUCUAACACUGAUGCAGAUACCACUCAGGAAAAAAACAAUGCAACUCCUAACCGAAAAUCUUCCGUCGGUGUGAAAAAAAACAGCAAGAACAGAACAUUAACAAGGCAGUCUAUGUCAAGAAUUCCAGCUUCUUCCAACUCUACCUCAUCUAAGCUAACUCAUGUAAACAAUUCCAGGGUACCAAAGAAACUGAAAAAGCCUACAAAGCCUUUACUUUCAAAGAUAAAAUUAAGAAAUCAUUGCAAACGGCUGGAGCAAAAGAGCGCUUCAAGAAAACUCGAGAUGGGAAACUUAGUACUCAAAGAGCCCAAAGUAGUUCUGUAUAAAAACUUACCCAUUAAGAAAGAGAAGGAGCCCGAGGGACCGGCUCCAGCCGCGGCGGCCGGUGGGUGCUUAACUAGACACGCGGCGAGGGAGCACCGGGCGGGCUCCGGGCGAAGCGCCCCGCCGCUGGGGCACGGCGCCCCCUGCGCCUACACCACCAGGCGGUCUGCGCGGACGAGGCCGACCCCGAAGGAGCCCUCUGACCUCCCGCUGGAUCCCAGCCCGUCGGACGGCUAUAAGAGCGGCUCGCCAGCAGCGGGCCCGGACGGCGGUGGCAGCGAGCAGCCGGCUGCCCGGGCACAGGAGGGGGACCUGACCCCCGAGGCGGCGCCCAGCGGGGAAGCCAAGUGUCCAAGGAGUGACAGCGGCUUGUCGAAGAAGAAAUCACGGCAAGGGAAACUUGGGAAACCGUUGGCGAAAGCCGAGGAGCCUGCCGAGGGGCCGGACUCCCCUGGAGAAGCCGGCGUGGCGCCCGAGGUGCUGGGGGCCCCCUGCGAGCCGGCCGAGCACGGCGCCUCGGAACCCGCGCCCGGGGCCUACCCGGACUGGGCGCCUUCGCCCGGCAGCGGGCCGGUCGUCACGUCCGACAGCUUCAAGACGAAGGAUGGCUUCAGAACUGCAAAAAGUAAAAAGAAGAGGCGCAUCACUAGGUAUGACGCACAGCUGAUCCUGGAGAAUAACUCUGGGAUCCCCAAACUGACUCUUCGGAGGCGCCACGACAGCAGCAGCAAGACCAACGACCCGGAGAGCGACGGCAUGAAUUCCUCAAAAAUAAGCAUCAAGCUAAGCAAAGACCACGAGAACGAUAACAACCUGUACGUAGCCAAGCUCAACAACGGCUUUAACUCAGGGUCGGGCAGCAGCGCCACGAAACUGAAGAUCCAGCUAAAGCGCGACGAGGAGGGUCGGGGGCCGCACCCGGAGGGGCUCCACGAGAAUGGGCUGUGCUGCGGCGACCCUCUCUCGCUGCUGGAGUCCCGCAUGGAAGUGGACGACUACGGCCGGUACGGGGAGGAGAGCACGGACGAGCCCUCCUCCUCCGACGGCGACGAGGAGGACGAGGACUACGAGGAGGACUUCGAGGACGACUUCAUUCCCCUCCCUCCGGCCAAGCGCCUGCGGCUGAUCGUGGGCAAGGACUCCAUCGACAUUGACAUCUCCUCCCGGAGGAGAGAAGACCAGUCUCUGCGGCUCAACGCAUGAGCGCGCGGUCUCGGUUUGGCUUGGGAAACCUACUUUAAAGAAAUAAAAACAAAUUCCCGUCAGUAAUUCCUCACCCGAGACCGUUGUAGCGGCCGCGCUUCCCUCGUCUCUCCACUUAGCAGCGUCAUACUGUAGAAAGUGUACAGCCCGCUGACUCUCCCUAGGUCUGAUUUGUGCAAAUUUUUAUUGUACUUUUUAAAUAGCCUUCCUACGUGCAAUUCUGAGUUAGAGGGAAAGCCCAGUUGUAAAAUAAAGGCUCAAGCGAAAUUGUACAGUGAUAGCGACUUUCCACACGGGACGUUGAAAACAAUAAUGUGGCUACACAAUUUUCUUUCUCCUUUUUUUUUUUCUCUCUCUUUUUUUUUAACCAAGAGCAUCAACUGGCUCUUUAAUAUAUGACUAAACAAUAAUUUAAAACAAAUCAUAGUAGCAGCAUAUUAAGGUUUUCUAGUAUAUGCUAAUAUCACCAGCAAUGAUCUUUGGCUUUUUGAUUUAUUUGCUAGAUGUCCCCCCCACCUCGGAGUUUUGUCAUUUCACACUGUCCGCUGGCCCAGGUGUACUGUGCGUGGCCUUGCUCAAAAGAGCAAACCAUCGGUCGGGAGUUGAAUUGGUUUCUUUAAAAAAAAAAAAAAAAGUACAAUGACACACAUGACCGCUCAUUUUCCAGUACAUUUUCUGUACAAGAGCGGCAGUGUGGAGGACAAGUUCCGAGUCAGUGUAUUUAUUGCUUGUCAUGUAAAUUAAAGACCUUGUAUUUAACACUUUUCAAUCCUUUUAGAUAAAAUUGUUCUUUGCAAGAAUGAUUGGUGCUUAUUUUUUCAAAACUUUGCUGUGAACAAUGUGAUGACAACAGGCAACAUUUAUCUAAUGAACUACAGCUCUCUUAAUUUGGGUCUUCAAGGUUUCUGUUGCACUUGUAAAAUGCUACAAGGAAUAUUAAAAACUCUAUUCACUUUAACUUAUAAUAGUUUAUGAAAUAAAAACAUGAGUCACAGCUUUUGUUCUGUGGUAACCUAUAAAAAUGUUUGUCUUUGAAAUUCAAUGUAAAGAACUGAGAACAAUGUAUAUGUUGUAAAUACUUGUGUGUUGUGAGAAAUUUUUGUCAUAAGAAAUUAAAAGAACUUACCAGGAAGGUUUUUAAGUUUAGAAAUAUUCAUGCCAAUAAAAUAGGAGAUUAUAAAAUAUAUAGUUUUAAGCACUGCAUCAGUGGGAGUUCUUGGCUUAUGUUAGUUUAUGUAUGAAAAUAUCAAAGAUUUUUUGACUAUAUUAUCAGUUAAACGAAAAGAGGAGUCAGAUUUAAUUUUUUUUUGAAGCACUUUGAGAAGAGAAAUUAAUUUUAAGUAACUUAAUGAGCAAAUUUUUGAUUACUACUUUAUGUUCAAUACCAACCUUUCAUUUCUCCGGAUUAUUUUACAAAUCAUUGGACAAAGAAUUUGGGAAUAUAAAGCUGUAGCAGGUGUUUGACGCCAGUGGGUCUCCUUAUUUCUGGGAAAUGUGUACGUGUACUUUCAGAUAUACAGUGUUCCUGAGUAAGAUCGAUUUAGGGGAUUCGUGUAGUGUCUAUAGAAAA